AUUAUCCUAUACCAAUACACUGGCUGGGCAUCAAACAAAUGUCCGGAUGAUGCUACGGCAGUACUCGAUCUGAUAGAGAAAAUGCAAUCAAGUGUGAGAAGAGAGAAAAAUUCCGCUGUGUUGGUUCAUUGUAGUGACGGGGCAGGAAGGACCGGAAGUUAUUGUGCAAUUAUUAAUCUAAUUGAGAGAUUGAAAUGCGAGAGAAAUAUCGACGUCUUCAGAACUGUCAAAGAUCUGAGGGAUUGCAGACCAGGGAUGGUGCAGACACUGGGGCAAUAUAAAUUCUGUUUCGAUGCUGUGUCGGCUUAUCUGUCUACAUUCAACCUUUAUUCUAACUUCACCGUCGACAACAAACCUACAACAUCAGCGAAUGAAGAAAACCUGUACGCAAACAUAUGACAUAUUAAGAACGUUGUGCCCAUUGAAGAGAAAAUUACAAUUUACUA